GUACGAGCGCGAACUUCGAUCGAUAUUUCGAUACAUUGCAAGUAUUACAUUGCGAGAAUUAAUAUGGUUGAAAUUCAGCUGUGAGUGGUUCUGAAUUUGUGACUAAUUGCGACAUAAACCAAGGAUUAACAAACUUUGAAGAGAAUAUUAACAACUUUUGCUUAUGCAGGGCGCGAAUCCCUCGCGGGCGAGUCUAGCCUCACGGGCAGAGGUUGGAAACCUUCCGACAUUAAAGUGCUGCGCAUUACUUCAUGGAUUUCACGCUUCGUGCUGUGCUUCGAUUGCUGGGACAUCCUGUAUGGCGAGAACGACAACUGCCUCGAGGAGGAGGGAAGACGACGGGAAAGAAAAAAAGAAAAAGGUAGGAGCCGACUUAGAUCGUAUGCAGCAUGGUGUACCGAGCAAUCGCUGGUACCAGGUGGAUCAACGUGCGCGUACACGCACCGCUUACGCAUACAACAAUGCUUACGCACUGGGAUCGCAAUUAGCAUACCAGAGCGUUCCAGGAACCCGAGGAGUCGUUCUUCUCGGAGCCCAGAGGCGCAAGGCGAGUUCGGUGACUCAUUUGCCGAUGCUGAACCUUGAGUUAGAGCAGAAUCUCGACGAUGUCCUAAUAAGAGGAGGCGAAGACUUUAUGCGGCUGACUUCAUCCUUGGUAGGAAUUACGCGCGCGGCGAUCAAAUCUUGGAACGCACGAGAAAGCAAAGAGGAGUCGUAAGGACUCCCACGAUUUUAUGGACAGCUGGUGAACGUGAUGAUGGAAAAUGGUAUGUCUGGUAGAGAUAGAAUUACUUGUUGGAAAAUUCGAAAUGAAUUUCUUUGAGUUUAUUCUUUUCCACUGGGAUCUUGUAUUUAACAAAAGUAGAAUUACUCGAGAUUUCGAAGUCAAUUUCUUUGAGUUUAUUCUUUUCGAUUGGGGAUUUUGUAUUUAACAGAAGUCGAAGUGUUCCAAGUUGCACUCGAUACUUUAAUUCGAAUUUUUUAGGGUGUCAUUCUACUCCCAACGUGCACAUUAUUUUUUUAACUGUUUUGAAACGUUCAGGGGUUCUUUGAAAAAAUGUGUGUGACUACCAGAAUCAUUAACUGCAUUUUUGUCGAGAUUUGGAACAUUACUAUCAUUUAACUUCUACUCAAGGAUGGCGACAAUGACAAUUAGGCGUGUAAUGUUAAUAAUUUCAACAACACGUUUCACGAGAAAAGAAUAGGAACAGCAGAACUCCACGGUGGACCCGGUACGUGAACUUUUUGCUGUAUCUGCUACUCAAUGAUCGCCUGGGAUGAUUGGAGAAUAAGAAGCACGAAUCGUGAUCGUUACUUCCUCGCGUCGGACGUUCACGAUUGACAGACUCGGGGAAUCGGUAAGCACGGGAUGCAUCGAGCAGUCUCUUGGGUAAAUAACGUCGGAGAAAGGUAACACCGUAAUGGAGGCCGUCAGCGUACAUUCAUCUUGGAGAGCUACUUUUAGUACUAGAAUGGAUCACGGUUGCUUAGGCUUCUGUAAAAUUUAUGCCUCCUAUGCAAUGUUCGUGAUGUUCUUGUUAACCUUUCCAUGAAAGGUCUAAGUUAUGUAUUGUAAUUCGUUGAUAAGCAUUUCAAUCUUUCACUUCGCGGCGAUAUUAACUUUAAUGCGCGCGAAAGACUUAAAUGUCAAUCUCUCUUUUUGCUCUCGCUGCGAACAACUGGAUCUAAGUGUUCUUCGGAGCGAUCUAACUACGCGAUAGUUUUAAUUGAAUAUAAUGAUGAAUAUUUCUAUGGGGAAGUAUAGCAAGGAUUUUUUUUAUAUAUCUACUGCCCUCUGAAAGCGAGCGAAUUGAAUUAAGAAAAUUACUUGGAUCGCUCUGGAAACUGUUUAUAUUUUCUUAAUAUUAAUGUUUAUUGACGUACUGAAUAUUAUAUAAUUUUUUUAAGAUUUAUUCCUGUGAAUUUGUGAAAAAUGAAUUAAGCAAUAGGUUAUUUCAGGGCGUUGC